GUAGUGAGAUUGAAUUGGUGUGAAUAUGUGCACAGGAUAUUGAUAGACAGUGCAAUCAGAUGGGAGGAUGGAAAGAGUAAAUACUUCACAAGACCAUUGAUGUUUCUAAUGGUUUUCUAUGUUGAUAGGGUGGUUCUUUACAAUAGGGAUGUGGAGAGGACAGCACCUGCUUUUGUUGGCUGGACAUCAAAGAUACUUAGGGAUAGAGAGAAUAAAGAAGUGAAGGCUGGUGGAUUUGGUUUGGGAUUUGACGAUGGAAAGUAUGUGUGUGUGAAAUCUGUAGCUGAGGAAAACAACGCGGAUGACAAUGCAAAGGGGGCAGAAGGCAUUGAGGUUCGAGGAGAGAAAGAUUCUAUUAUGAGAGAAGGCACUCAGCAGACUGAGAUGCGAGAUGAGGAUGGUGAUGUCUUGAAGGUUUUUCUUAAAAAGUUUGCAGAAAAGGGUAAGAUGCUGGCAAAGACAGUCGUGGAGUUAGUGUCGUUAAUGGAGGGUGCACCAGCUGAGGCGAUGAAGAACGAUGUUUAUGUGGAAUUGCAGAUUGCUGCUGGAAGGUUACUGGGAUUAGUGAAUAAAAAUCCAAAAGAUGGUGUGCAGCCUGCGGAAUGUGCAUUUUCUGAAGUGUCUUAUGAUGAGUUCAUUUGGAGCGAUCCUUCAAAUAUCUCUAAGUUGGUUGCAUCAGAGGAGGCAGAGUUGGCGAGGAGGAAGUUCAAGCAGAUGGUGGCUGAUAUACCCUCCUUUAGCCUUGGCAUCACACAGGAUGGUGCCUUGCAAGGAGGUGGUGAUCACCAUGUGGUUGAUGUUGGAGCCAUUCCUUCACAUGACAUGGGUAUGAUGUUUUUGGACGUAUGCAUGCGUUAGUAGUGGUAGGAUGAUCUUGUUUACGUGACAGAUGUGUUUAAUGCUCUAAAUUAUGCACUACCCUUGGUAAUUCUUUAAUUGCCGUGUAUUUUAUUUUGAACUCAACAGUGGAGUUCAUCCUAGUAGGAAUUGAUGAUAUGUUUACUGGGGUAUUCUAAGAAGCAGAUGAUUUUGUUGAAUGAGACAUUUAUACAUGCCGAUUACAUUAUGCAAUAUAUAUUUGGUAAAUAU